AUGCCUUGGACGCUAUCUUCGCACGCAUCGACGAGUACAACUAGUGAUACAGUGAGCCCAACUCUACUCGAAAAAGCACGCGCGUUUGCAACAGAACACGCAACCCUCUCCAAACAAAACGCAGAAGACUACAAUCUUGAAGUUGCAAAACGGAUUGGAGAGAUCGGACCAGUUACUGCGGCUCUGAAAGAAUAUGAAGAGGCUCACGUUUCUGUGUCUGAGCUGGAGUCUAUUCUCGUAGAUCCUGCUGCCGAUGCAGAACUACGUGAAUUGGCAGUAACAGAUCUGGACACUACUCGUACCUCUCUCCCGAGCCUGGCGCAGACGUUGAAGACUGCCCUCAUACCGCCUCAUCCAUUUUCCUCGUUCCCAUGCCUGUUAGAAAUACACCCGGGAGCUGGAGGAUCGGAAGCUUCCAUAUUUGCCCACGAUUUACUCCAAAUGUACAUUAACAUGGCAACACGGCUCGGCUUACAACAUCAACUCACCUCAUAUUCCGGCGACGAAUCCGCACCGUCUGGCACAGUCGCACUCACAGAAGCAAUCCUCGAAAUCUCCGCUCCCAACACCUACGAUAUAUUCCGUCCUGAAGCAGGCGUCCAUCGCGUCCAGCGCAUCCCAGCAACCGAAAAGAAGGGCCGCACCCAUACAUCCGCAGUCAGUGUCCUGGUCCUGCCCUCUCUACCCGAACGAGCCGAAGACAGUGAUCUGAACUACGAAGAUCCCAGCAGCGACUACUACAUCGACCCAACAGAAGUCCACAGCGAAGCCAUGCGAGCCCGCGGCGCAGGCGGCCAACACGUCAAUAAAACCGAAUCCGCAGUUCGACUUACCCACAUCCCCACCGGUCUCGUGGUGCGAAUGCAAGAAUCACGAUCUCAGCACAAAAACAGAGAAAAAGCAUGGAAUAUAUUGCGCUCAAAGCUCGCAGCUCGCAGACGUGAAGAACGAGAAGUUGAAAUUGCCAAUUUGAGACGCAAUGUGAUGGGCGGUGUGGGUCGGACGGGUCGUGAGGACAAAGUACGUACGUAUAACUGGACGCAGAAUAGAGUGACUGACCACAGGAGUGGUUGGGAGGGCAAUAAUUUGGAUGAUGUGCUUGCUGGUGGCCGCACUUUGGAGGAUUGUAUGGAUAGUGUGAGGGAGUGGAUGAGAGAAGGAGAGGUGCUGGGUAUGCUGGCUGAAGACGAGAUGAAGAGGAAGCAGGAGGAAAAGGGCGAUGAUAACAAGAGUAGUGGUAGAAAAUAA